GCAACUGAGCACUUGUUUGUUUCUCAACACACCAGUCCAUCCAUCCUGAGAAAAAAGAAGAUUGAUGCAGAGAAAACCAAGUUUUUUCUGACAUGAUUAGGUCGAUUCAAUUAUUCAGUCAUGAUAUUUAAACCACUCGUUUUUUCUUUUGUCUUUCUAUUUGGUCCAUCCUUACAAUACAACUUUCGAGAAAACAAUCAUAUACCAAAUACUCUGAAAGCUCUUUUUUCACUGACGACAGCAUGGGUAAAGCACACAGCAAACUUACUCCCGAACAGCUCGAUGAGCUCCAACAGAAUACCUAUUUUGACGAGAAAGAAUUGCAGCAAUGGUAUAAAGGUUUUCGAAAAGACUGUCCUUCAGGAGCACUGAACAAGUCGGCGUUCCAAAAAAUGUAUAAGCAAUUUUUUCCUUUUGGAGAUCCAUCGAAAUUUGCAGAAUAUGUCUUCAAUGUCUUUGACGGCGACAAGAACGGUACAAUCGACUUUAACGAAUUUAUCUGUGCAUUGUCCAUUACGAGCCGAGGGCGGAUUGAUGAAAAGUUAUAUUGGGCAUUUCAGCUAUAUGAUAUUGACAAUGACGGAGUGAUCACUCAAACCGAAAUGCUGCUGAUCUUGCAGGCCAUCCAUACAAUGAUAGGCAAUGUUUUGAGUGUAUCAGAGGACCUGGCACCCGAGGUGCGAGUACGAAAGAUCUUUGAGCUAAUGGAUAUUAAUAAGGAUGGCCAGUUGACAAUAGAAGAAUUUAAAGAAGGUUCCAAGAAGGAUCCAACCAUCCUUCAAGCGCUGAGUCUGUACGAUGGUCUCGUGUAACUCCGCUUUACAUGCCAAGUUUCCCUUCUCUAUAUUACAAGUACUCUAUUAAUUUCACCGCAUUACCUCUGUACAGAAAAAAAAAAAAAAUCAACACCUACCUUUAUAACAAUAAAAG